AAAAUUUAAUUAAUGAAAAGAAUCCUAAUUUGCUUGCUUUUUAUAUCUUUAAUCUCUUGCAGAGCAGUAAAUCUCCUAGAAAAUGACAAAAAGCCUGCUGAUCCUGCUAAAAAAGAUGAUACUAAAAAAGUAGAACCUAAGAAAGAAGAGCCUAAGAAAGAUGCUGCUAAAAAAGAAGAACCGAAGAAAGAAGAACCUAAGAAAGAAGAGCCCAAGAAAGAUGAUGCCAAAAAAGCAGAGCCUAAAAAAGAAGAGCCCAAGAAAGAUGAUGCCAAAAAAGCAGAGCCUAAGAAAGAAGAGCCCAAGAAAGAUGAUGCUAAAAAAGAAGAGCCUAAGAAAGAUGAUGCUAAGAAAGCAGAGCCUAAGAAAGAAGAGCCCAAGAAAGAUGAUACUAAAAAAGAAGAGCCUAAGAAAGAUGAUGCUAAGAAAGCAGAGCCUAAGAAAGAAGAGCCCAAGAAAGAUGAUGCCAAAAAAGAAGAGCCCAAGAAAGAUGAUACUAAAAAAGAAGAGCCCAAGAAAGAUGAUGCUAAGAAAGAAGAGCCUAAGAAAGAUGAACCUAAGAAAGAUGAUGCUAAAAAAGAAGAACCUAAGAAAGAAGAGCCCAAGAAAGAUGAUGCCAAAAAAGAAGAGCCUAAGAAAGAUGAUGCUAAAAAAGAAGAGCCUAAGAAAGAUGAGAAGAAAGAUAAAAAGAAAGAAGAAAAGAAAGAAGAAAAGAAAAAGGAUGAACCAGAAUAAACUCUUGAAGAAAAGAAAUUCAGAUCAUGUAUUGAAGAAAAAUGUGGAUCAUAUGCUAAAAAUUGCAACAAUGAUUGUAAUUCACAAUUAGCAAAAUGCAAGGAUGUAGCUUACGUUUCCGGUUAUUAAGCUGUAAGAUUAUAUGAAUUAAUUUUAGUAUUUAGAUUGCAUUUCUGGUAAUAAGCCUGCAGUAGCUCUACUUGAUUGUGUCUAAUCUAAAUGCUUGUAGUGAAGAUAUUUUACAUUUAUACAAAUUCAUA